GAAACAGAACGGACAGCAGUCAGUGUGAGGUAUGUGGUCGUGACAAUGUAGCAGUUUUGGUUGAAUGUAAAAGGCUAUUUUUAUCUCUAUUUUGUUACAAUGUCUUCAGUUGCGGCUGAUGAAUUGUCCGUGUUGUCAGCGAUAUAUUGCGGCAAGGACGAGUUCGAAUUGUUGGAAGAAUCAGCUGGGAAAGGAUUUGUGUUCCGCAUAAAACUUUCGGUGGAGGCAGUUACUUUAAGCAUUAUAUUCCAUCUGUCACCGGGGUAUCCGCAGUGUCUUCCAGCUAUCAGCGUUACCUCCGAAGGUUUGUCUCGACACCAGUGUCAGUCAGUAAAGGAAAAUUUGAAUGAGAAGGCGGUGGAAUUACAGCCGGGGCCAAUGAUUCACCAACUACUGUCAUGGUUUAAAGAGAACUCCUCAGGUCUUAUCAUGCCAACCAUUGCACCAACACAAAAAGACGUGCAGGGCCCAUGGGUUGCUCUGUUGCAUCUGGACCACAUGAGGGCAAAGACUAAAUAUGUGAGAAUUAUUGAAAAAUUUACAUCAGAGUUGGACCUGACUGGAAGACUCUUCAUGGGUAGAGUGAUACUAAUAAUGUUGCAAGGGACAAGAAAAAACAUUAAGGAGUAUCUACGUUUACAGAAAACAGUAAAAGUGGACAUAGAUUCAUCUGGAAAAAAAUGCAAGGAGAAAAUGAUGAGAGUUCUUUGCGAAUCUCCUCUCUCAGCUGGCCUCCAACAGUUAUCUACAUUUGAUGUGAUAGAAUGUUCGACACAUGAAGAUCUCAAAAUGGAAUUCCAGGCAAUCGGUUUCAGAGGGAUGUACGAGGAGUUUGUACUCUCGUUGCUAUAAUUAAGUUAUAACAUGUUAAAAUUACUGUUUUAUGUCUGUGGGAGUUGCUGCUCCCUAUGGUGCAUAUACUUUUUCUAUUCAUGGGUUUCAUCAGGUCCCUUGCCACAGGUGUAUAAAAUCAAGCACCAUGAAGCCUGCCUUCAUAAACUAUAAGCUGAAUUCAUAAAAAGAUACUUGAUUUUAUACACCUGUGGCAAGGGACCUGAUGACACACAUGAAUACUUUGUCUCUGUUUGGAGGAAAAGUGGAUGUUUUGUACAAAUUAUUUUAAUUUAGAAACACUGGUACAAAUGUUUGUUUGGUUAAGUAUUACUGCAAUAACCUAACUACAAUAAAUGUAU